AGCAGCUCUGUGGCACGAUCACUGCAGGCAAACCUGCUGAUCGACGAGGUCUCUGCCAGCAGGACUCCGAGUAUUUUUGUUUUUUCCCACAGGCGUUGUCUGGUGCAGACUGGAGCAGUGCUGCUCGAGCCAUGGAGGGAGUGUGUGCUGCAGUUUGCACGGCUUUUUCCGUGGCUUAUUCUGGGUACUUUCUCACCCACCUGGCACGUCACAUCACCCGUGCCUGGAGAGAAUCCGGUCUUUGGAGCCCAACACCAACCUCGGAGGAUCCUCUGGCUGCGUGUCUUCCUGCAGAAGAGGCCAAAGAAGAGGAAGAUGCUCCCCAAACUGUGCCUGCUGCCACUGCAGGGCCUGAGCAUCCAGCAUCAAGCACAAGGGCAGCGUCAGCACCUGCUCUGGCUGCCUCUGUACCCGAGGAAGAGGCUGAAGAGGAGGAAGGUGCCAAUGAACCUGGCCCUGCUGUCAGCCCACAGCCGGAGCAAACAACACCAAGCUCCAUCGAAUCUGUCCUGGCACCUGCACGAGCUGCAGCUGAAGGCUCGGGAGAAGGCUCCAGUGCCCAGGCUGGAAGCUCAAGCACGAGCAGCUCGUGCACCUGGAGCACGACCAGCUCGUCUGACAGCAGAGAGCAGCAGCGAGAGAGGACAGAGGACAAGUGCCUGGCCAUGCUGAAGAUGCUGGUGAGCGAGGGAGAUCCUGAGGCUAAAUACACAGAAGUGGAAACUCUUGGCAAAGGGGGUUUUGGCACUGUGUGCAUGGCAGUGGAGACUGCCACAGGAGAAGAGGUAAGCCUCAAGCAGCGCCGCAGCUUCUGCAGCUCUCGAGUGCCCUCCCCUCUGCUGUGAGCUGUGGCUGAGCUUUGGCUCGCC